CACAGACCUGGCUUCUUCAGCGGCUCAGUUCUCGCUCGUAGCUAUAAAACCGCCCUGCACCUGCAACCAUCUUCGCCGAACGCGCAAAGCUCCGUUAGGAAAACCAAACCACUCCCAGAGAUCUAUCGAUCCAACGCAAGCAACCGCACCGCUAUAUAAUGGCCGAUCCGGCCUCCUCUCCUCACACUAUCACCAUCACCACCGCACCCGCGUCGUCGUCACCGUCCAAGGCUCCAAACAACGCCGCCACCGUGUCCGAGCCGCCGCCGUCGCCCUACCCCGACGCCGCGGACUCCAGCGUCAGCUCCGCGAGCAGUAGCAGCCAGGCGGAGCGCUAUUCAACGUUCUCCAUCGACUCGUCGUCGAUCGCGACGCCGUCUUCCUCCCCGCCGCGCCCGCACCGCGCGAGCGACGUGGCCUGGGCGCCCAUCCGGGGCCGGGCCGCCGCUGCGCCGCUGGGACCGCGGGACUUCACGCUCCUCCGCCGAGUCGGCGCCGGGGACAUCGGCACCGUCUACCUCUGCCGCCUCGAGAGCCAGGCCGAGGGGUCUCCCGCCGCGUGUGCGUACGCCAUGAAGGUGGUGGACCGGCGCGCGCUCGCAAAGAAGGGCAAGCUGUGCCGCGCCGCCACCGAGAAGCGCGUCCUGCGCCGGCUCGACCACCCGUUCCUGCCCACCAUGUUCGCCGACUUCGACGCCGGCCAGGACUUCUCCUGCGUCGUCAUGGAGUUCUGCCGCGGCGGCGACCUCCACUCCCUCCGCCACCGCAUGCCGGGUCGCCGCUUCCCGCUCGCCUCCGUACGGUUCUACGCCGCCGAGGUGCUCCUCGCGCUAGAGUACCUUCACAUGCUGGGCAUCGUAUACCGUGACCUCAAGCCGGAGAACGUGCUCAUACGGGCCGACGGCCACAUCAUGCUCACCGACUUCGAUCUGUCGCUCGAGUCCACGGCGUCGCCGGCACUCGAGGACGGGAGAAACGGGGCCGGGGACGAGGACGACAAUGAGGUGGCAGUGCCUAAGCCAACCUGCCUCCCCAUUCCGGAGCUACAGCUCCUCCGGCUGAGGAGGUGGAAGCGCCGGGCCGCGCCGCGGGCGCCCCGGCUGCGGUUCGUGGCGGAGCCGGUGGACGCGCGGUCGAGCUCCUUCGUGGGCACGCACGAGUAUGUGGCGCCCGAGGUGGCACGCGGCGGCGGGCACGGCGCAGCCGUGGACUGGUGGGCCUACGGCGUGUUCCUCUACGAGCUCCUCUACGGGCGCACCCCAUUCGUUGGCGACACCAACGAGGCCACGCUCCGCAACAUCGUGCGCCGCCCGCUCGAGUUCCCCGCGUCCGAGCCACGCGGGGGCGGGGACGCCGCGGAGCGCGACCUGAUCGGGCGACUCCUGGACAAGGACCCGCGCACCCGGCUUGGGUCGCGGCGCGGCGCCGCGGACGUGAAGGCGCACGGCUUCUUCAAGGGCCUCAACUUCGCGCUGCUCCGGUCGUCGGCCCCGCCCGUCGUGCCGCCGCCGGCCGCGCUGCACCGGUGCGACAAGGCGGCCGACGUGCAGCAGCUGUUCGAUCACUUCUGACGUCCGUUCCGUUCGGCGCCCAAAUCAAGCAAGCAUUUUUUCUGUCGAUCAGUCAAAAGUUAUGACACGGAGUCACGGACUAACCACCUGGGCUAGCAAGAGGCCUGUACGUGUUGACUAGCUAAUUACUCUAUGUACUCCAUUAGCACUGCUGUACAACGCUGUUAAUUACUAAUCAAUGGACUAAUUAUUUCAA